UGUUCGUUGAAAAUUUCAACUGUUUCAUAAACAAAUAAUAAAAAUGAUCCAUUUUACGUACCCUCGUUAUUUGAUGCCUACCGAACUUGUUUGUAGACGCAUCACCGAUUCUGCGCUUUACUGCGUUUCCUCUCGUAUCGGGUUCACUAUAGGUCGACCCAACUAAGAUAACCUUAUAUUUACAAACAUUGCGCAUGCAUUUGCUACUUUAUGACUUUAGUUUGUUUGUGCUUUUAACGAACGUCAAAAUGAUCCUCUUUUUACACGUGUGCCUUGCAUUUUCUGAACUAGUUGAUUUCGUAUCAUAAUUAUUUAUGCCUUUUUUAAAACCUCUACCCGAUUAUGAAGAAUUUUUGGUUGCUUUUUAUUUGAAGCUCUCAAACAAUCUUUUAAGAUGGAUUCAAGCUAUCAACAAUCCGUCAAUGGAGUUUCUCUAGAUUUUCAGCUUGACGCUAAUUCUAAUGUUAAUCCUGAAGAAAUUGCACUUGAGAUCGAAAAGUGUGAAAACAUGCAGUACCUGAUUUUAAAGAAUGUGAAGAUAGGAGUACAAUUAGCUCAAGCUAUAUCCCAAGCUCUUCAAAGAAAUGGUGCUCAAUUGAAGAGUGUCCAGUUGAAUGGCACAUUUAAAAGAUUCUCUAAAACUGAAAUCCCAAUCUCAUUAAAACACAUAAGUUUGGGACUAAGCUUGUCACAAGCACACCUUACAGAGUUAGAUAUCAGUGAUAAUUCAAUUGAUACAUCAAUUGGCAUUCAAUCUUUAGUUUGUUUAUUGUGUUCAUCCACUUGUUAUACUCUUAAUACUCUUAAACUCAAUUACAACUCUCUUAAUUCCUUCAGUGGUAAAAAAAUAGCACAAGCUCUUUUGGAGUGUCAUGCAAACAGCAUGAAAGAAACCACCCGUCCCUUAGAAUUAAAAGUAUUUGAGGCUGGUAAAAAUUAUCUUGAUGAUGAAAGUGCCAUAGCAUUAGCAAAAGUAUUUAAAACUAUCAAGAGUUUAGAAGAACUUAGCCUACCUAAAAAUAAAAUUGGUGAUCUAGGUAUGUUAGCAAUAAUCGAUAGCUUAUCAGUCAAUCCAGGUAUCAGGGUAUUGGAUUUUAACAAUAAUAAUCUUAGUUUUGAAAGUAUCCAGGCACUUGCUAAAAUAAUACCUUACUUUCUUCAUCUUCAGAUAUUGACACUUUCAGGAAAUAAAUUAACUUCUAAAGGUGAAGAUUUAAUAAGUGAAGCUCUUGGCAUGUGCAAAUAAUCCUUGUGCUACAUACAUUUUUGUUCUUAAAUAUUUCAUGCCAAUUUUCUGUGAUUUAGACUAUUAACUAUCUGUGAUUAAAAUAUCUUUAAAUGAGCCAAAAUAUCU